UGUACAUCCGUCAACGAAAUUUAUUUCAUUGAAGAUGUCCGGUUUGUUUAUUUAAUCAUUUAUUUACAUAUUUAGAUUAAGAUUAUCAAGCCUAUUGUGCUAUACAGAGAUAGCGAGCGUGUAUUUAAACAAUAACAUAAACAACAGUGAAAAUUUCAUCUUACGGUAACCCCUGGGUUAAGCAGAAAAGAUGUCAGAACAAGUGCUAGACAAAGAAACGUGGCCGAUGGAAGCGCAAGCCGCCAUCAACGACAUUAAAGAACACGUGAAAGCCGCCGCCAUCUCCUCCGCGCUCAAGAACACCAACCAACGCAUCUUCAUUAACAUUACCACUUUAGAAGACCUUAAUUACUGUAUCGAAAUGUCCGCAGCCGGGUUCAGGGUGGUCGGUCGAAUGUACGACGACACCAGCUUAUCCACAAUAGAAAAUAUGAAUUACGAAACACCGUACGCUCUGCUGAACAGCAUUAGCCAAAAGUACAGGGAAUCGUUUGGUGGUGAACUCAUGAACAAGCUCCUUGACUUAGCAAAGAAAGAAGGAAAGGCGGAAGGUUGAACGGCCUACAGCUCACUCUAUAUUUUUAGGACUCAAUUGGAUUUCUCGUCGAUUAUUUCAUAUAUUUAGGUGUUGAUGUACGUGAGCUUAUAUGAACAGAUUAGAGAAUACAUUUAAAAAUAAGAUUAUGUUAUCUCGUUUGGAUAAAGAUUGAUGAACAAAUUGUAUCUGAUACAAAAUAGAAGAGUCGUUUUUGGUGAUUUCCAAAAGUGGAAGAAAAAGAGUGCACACAUUGCUAUGCUUGGACACGCCGUUUGGUCCAUGUAUCAAUAAAAUUUUAUAGGACUCACCACAAACUUUCUUCCAUAAAAACAGUAGAUUAGAUUGUAUAUGUUAGUUCAAAUAAAUGUUAAAAUAGACUGGCUCUAAUAGUAAUAGUAUUGUUGUGGUGAGGGAUUUCGUACAAAUUUUAUUUGAAGUUGUAAAUUAGUACCUACCUAUACAUCCUAUGUUUAUGUAAAAUCUUAUUCUUAUCAAGAAAGUAUCCUAUGUGUAAAUAUAGAAAAAAAAUCUUCAAAAUAUUACACUUAUUCAAUCACUAUAAUAGUUACUAUAAUGUAAGAUUUUAAGUUAUGACUCCUUGUGUUAAAAAUAAUCUAAAAGUACAUUCUAAUUCAUAUUGAAUUAGGGAAAAAGGGUAAUUAAAUACAGUUUUAUGAUAAUCCAAAUAUGUUAGACGAGCUUAUAAGAUACUGCAAUUAUUUGGACAUGUAUACAAUAUACAAGAAGGAAUAUAAUAAAAAAAUAUAAGUUUAUUUUGGUGCGUUUAUUAUAAGACUACUAAACUUGUCAAAGUGACAUUACCCGCAUGUACCCGCUUAUAUUCUACGUUGUUAAAAAACGAGCAACAGACUGUGUAAAACUAAUAAAACAUCUUCAAAAGCAUAAAGUAGUACCAAAAAUCUCAAGCUAUUAUAUUUCAACUAUUUCCUUGCUCUACUUACGAUGAAACGUGCGGUUGUAAAUUAUGUAUGUAUGUAUUGUAUCACUUCUAGUGCAAUAUCUAUCCACUAGUCUUAAGAGCAGACUGAGUAGUUACAAUAAUUAUGUACACUUUAUAUCACGUGUUUUGAUAGUAAAGCAUAUUAUUAUUCAGUAA